UCAUUAUGAACGACGACUUGGUGGCUGAGGCGGCCAAUAACAAUCAUGUUAAACUGUCAGAAACUCAGCUAAUACAUAACGAAUUCGGUGCCCCGCUGGAGGAGUGUUAUAAACUAGCUGUGAGGUUCUAUAAAGAGAAGGAAAAAUCAGGAGAUUUGGUAAUGUCAUACCAUGAUCGUGUGAAGCUGAUGGCUCUUAAUAAACAGGUUCGUAAUGGGCCUUUUGCGGAUAGCUCUGAAACGGCAGGAUGGUUCGAUGUUUUUGGGAAUGACAUUGCUCGGAAAUUCCUUCAACAGAAAUUAGAUGCAAAAUGGAAGCACGUCUGUGUACUUCAUCUGAAUCGCGAUGUCAUUGGAGUUGUUGUCGUUGAGAUGCAGCGAAUGCAUUCCUCACGGGCAAACCACAAGGAUAUUUUCUUGGCUUUUCCAAAACGAAUCGACACUGCUGUUAUCAUACCGAAGCUUGUAU